ACGAGAAUCGUAUCUUAGUUUUGACGAUGCGGUACUUGUUCUGAGUAAAAAUGUUAACGUUGUGCCUUUUAGCACUUAUAUCCUUCUCCGCUGCUGAAAAAUUUUCAUACAAUGGAUAUAAAGUUUAUGAAGUCACGCCAAAAACACUGGCAGAGGCUGAUUUAUUAGUCAAUUUCGAAGACGAUCUAAACUUUGAUUUUUGGUCGGAAGUACGUACCCUCGAUACAGCAGUUGAUGUAAUGGUUGCGCCUAUAGCUCAAGAGAGUUUCGAGGACGCGCUGAAAAGCGAAAACAUAGAAUAUGCAACACUUAUCGAAGAUGUGGACGAAAAAAUUCAAGAAGAAGAUUUGAGACAAGGGAGAUCUGCUACAGUGGAAACAGGAGAAGUAACUUUUACUGAAUAUAUGCGUCAUAACGAAAUACUUGCCUAUAUUGAUCAACUAGCCCAAGACUAUUCCAACAUAGCGACAACUGAAGUAAUAGGUAAAUCCUUCGAGGGUCGUGAUUUGACCGUGAUAAGAAUAUCAAAUGGCGGGGCUGACAACAAAUCGAUAAUAUUUAUCGAAGCCGCUAUUCACGCGAGAGAAUGGAUAGCCCCUCCUGUGGCCCUGUAUAUAAUAAACCAACUUGUUGAAAAUCCAUCUUAUGCAAACAUGUAUGAAGAUAUCGAAUGGGUUAUUUUUCCUGUCGUUAAUCCAGACGGAUAUGAAUAUACGCACACUGAUGUACGUCUUUGGAGGAAAACUCGUACACCAGCCACGAUCUGCUACGGUGUCGACGCCAACAGAAACUUCGACUUCCAGUGGAUGGUGACAGGAGCCAGCAAUUGGCAAUGCUCUGAAACGUACGCCGGGCGCUCGGCUUUCUCUGAAGUGGAAACGCAAGCCGUCAGAAACUUCUUUGACUCACACAGAGGUAGAAUCAAGCUGUUCAUCGACCUCCACAGCUACGGCAACUUGCUUAUGUACCCUUGGGGGUACACUUCUGAUCCCCCAGAAGAUGUGGAGGAACUCCAGUCUCUCGGAGAUAAAGUGAACGAUGCGAUCCAUACAGUUAGAGGUACCAACUAUACUGUAGGUACCGCAAGAUCUAUUUUAUACGCGACUUCUGGGGGUAGUCGAGAUUAUGCCAAAGCCUUUGGUGGCAUUGACUUAUCUUACACCAUUGAGCUGCCAGCAGGAGGGGAUGCUGGUUUCAAUCCGGAUGCUUCAGAGAUUGUUCCGGUUGUAACGGAAAUUUGGGAAGGGAUUAAGGUGUUUUAUGAGCAUGUUUUAGAGAAAUACGUAAAUAAUUGAUUAAUGUUC